AUGACACUGCCGGUGUCUAUGGACGACAAGGAGUUGUUUCCAAAAGUGGAUAUUCUCAAUCUGACAUUCUCUCCAAAAUCUGAAGUCAAUGAGGAUGUGCUCAAGCAAAUGUUCACAUCAUUGGACCGACUAUGGUGGUCCCGUCUUGUGAUCUCUGUCAGAGGAUAUGUUAUCAACUACGUUCAACAAAAUGAUGAAGUUCUAUUCAGUUGUGAUGAUGCAUUCAUCAAAAUACAUCAAAAACUUGCAGAAAGGAACAGUAAAUUUGAAAACGCGUUUGAAUAUCUGACCGCUAUCUUCCACUUGAUCCGAGAGAAGAACACAUUGAUUCAACUCAUUUCCAACCCAAAAACCAUCUCAGCCACCAAACUCCCACCAGUCUUAGAACAAUCUUUUGGUGUUGUUCAUGGAGAUCUUUCACCGAAAGCGAUUCAGCUGACCAUCGCCCAACUGCCAGCCUAUACCAUGUUUAUCAAAGUUGUUGUAAACUUGCAACAGAGAUGGGAGAAUGAGAAACUGAAGAAAAAAUCAAUUCGUUUCGAAACUGACCCAGAGUGGGAACCUGAUGAGAGAGUUGUUCUUUUCCAAACGUUUGCAUCGGAUAACAGAACAUGGGUUUUGCUAGACUUUGAUCGCUACAUUUUGCAACAAUGGAAACCAAACGGAACAUCGGUGAUUUUUGGAGACAGAUUUGUUGAGAAGAAAAAGCGAUCCGGACUGAAGUUAUGCACCACCUGUGGAAUGCUUGAGCAGAAAAAAGCUCAAUUUGCAAUUCUAAACGACCAGGUGUACUGUUCGAAAACAUGUUUCGAUGAAGUGAAUCCUCCAAUGACUGUGAACAAUCGAGGUGCCACAGUUGUCCAUUUAUAA